AUGGAGCUCUAUGAACACUUGGUGCCCCAGAAUUUGCUCAUGUCGGAUUCAGUGCCCUUUGGGAUUUUAGAGGAAGGGCAUAUGUGCAUGAACUCAGUAACCUUUGAGGAUGUGGCCAUGGACUUCACCCAGGAGGAGUGGGCAUUGCUGAAUUCAUCUCAGAGAAAACUGUACAGAGAUGUGAUGCUAGAGAACUAUAGAAACUUGGUUUCACUGGGACAUCAACUCAGCAAGCCUCCUCUCAUCACCCAGAUGGAGCAGGAAGAUGAAAUGGAGAUAGCAGAGAGAAGAAUUCACCAAGACACCUGUUCGGGUGCGCACCAGGCAUAUAUGAAUGUCUUACCUACAAGAUCUGUUCCCUGUGCUAAACAUCCUACCAUUUUAUACUCUAGGAACUUGAGGUUAUGUUUCCCAUUUGUUUCAGAUUGGGUUGGGGCAUUACCUGCUUUUUGUCAGCAUAUUGUCACCAUGUCUUUUCCAAAACUUUUUCCCACUUUCAAGAAACCCCAUCGAUACCUUGACUCUGCAAAAGCCCUUAGAGAUUCUUCACGUCUUAAGCCAUCUGAGGGAAUUCUUCCUCGGGAAAAAUCUUAUGAAUGUAAAAAGGACGAGAAUGCCUUCCUCAGGAGUUCUAACUUAGCUGGGCACAAGAGACAACAUACAGAAGAGACAUCCCAUGAACGCAGUGACUUGGGGAAAGUCGUAAAUUCAAUCUCACACCUUAAGAAGGAUGAAAAAACUCACUCUAGAGAGAAACCUUUUGCGUGUAAUCAGUGUGGUAAGGUAUUACAGAGCCAUUCAUCCAUUAAGUUGCACAUGAGAAUCCACACUGGAGAAAAACCGUUUAAGUGUGAUCAGUGUGGGAAAGCCUACAGCUCAAGCUCUUACCUUACGCGUCACAAGAGAAUUCAUACCGGGGAGAAGCCCUAUGAGUGCCGUGACUGUGGAAAAACCUUCCGAGAUAGCUCACUUCUCAGACAACACUCAGGGACUCAUUCAGGAGAAAAACCCUACAAAUGUGAUCAAUGCACCAAAACCUUCAGUAGAAGCUAUAGGCUUGCCAUACACCAGAUAACACAUACUGGAGAGAAACCCUAUACGUGCAAUGACUGUGGGAAGACUUUCAGUAUUCUCCCAUAUUUUAAAAGACAUGAGAGAAUCCACACUGGAGAGAAAUCCAUUGAAUGUAGCCAUUGUGGUAAAGCCCUGAGUAGUAAGUCAUCUCUUAAGGUACACCUGCGGAUACAUACUGGAGAGAAACCUUUCAAGUGUGAUCAAUGUGGGAAGGCUUUUAGGCUGAGCUCCAACCUUAUCACGCACAAGAAAAUUCAUACUGGAGAGAAACCCUGUAAGUGCAAUGACUGUGGGAAGGCUUUCAGGGAUCGUUCAUGUCUUAAAGAACAUGUGAGAAUUCACACUGGAGAAAAACCCUUUACAUGUAAUCAGUGUGGAAAAGACUUCAGAGUGAAAUCUUUCCUCAUUUUGCACAAGAAAAUUCACAUGAAAAUGAAACAUGAAUGUAAGGAAUGUGGGAAAACCUUCCGUGGACUCUUAUCUUACAGGAGGCAUAUGAAAAUCCAUACCAGGGACAAGAAACCUUUUAAGUGCAGUGAGUGUGGAAAAGCUUUUAGCAGGCAUGUGUCCCUUACAGUACACAUGAGAACUCACACUGGAGAGAAACCCUACGAGUGUAAUCAUUGUGGAAAAUCCUUUAGUGUAAAGUGUAAUCUCAAUGUGCACAAAAGAAUACAUACUAAAGAAAAACCCUAUAAAUGCAAUGUCUGUGGGCAAGGUUUCAGUAAAUCCUUACCCCUUCAGCGUCAUGAGAGAACUCAUGCUCAAUAAAUCCCCUUUUAAUGACAUCCAUGUAAAGUAGCUUUCAGUGAACUCUCAAUCUUUAAGGCAUACAACCAAAUGCUAAGUGAAAAGAACUGGUUGUGAAGAAUGUGAGAAAGCCUCUAAGUAAUGCAUAUAUGGAAGAAACCUAAGUUAUGCAAUGACUGUGAGAAAUCCUUUAUUCAUUCAUUAUCCCUUAGAAGAUAUGUGAUAACGCUGAAGGGAAAAUGUUUUAAUAUCUUCAAGACUUGUUACUUGGGCUUCCCUGGUGGCGCAGUGGUUGAGA